CGCAGCUUCGAACACACGAGCGUGCCUGCAAGAGGGGGCGGUUUUUCCAGGCUCCCACAGAGCCUGGGUGAAGCUGUCCGCCCUUCGCCGUAGAAGAGGAGGCGGCGGCGGCGUCUCUUCGGAUCCGGUUUCUUCGCGCCCGCCCCAUCUCGCAGCGCAGCUCGGGGGUACGCCGACCUCGUCUGAGGCGUCUGGAACUGCCGCGAUGGGAGCCUGGGCCCUGGCGGCGAUGGCGCUUUGCAGCCUGGCUGCUGCAACCUUCGCUGAUGAGGAUUGCAAAUGGUACAUGGACAGAAAUGGCUCAUGGCACCCUGGCUUCGACUGCAACACUCCCUCCUUCUGCUGCGGCGACUGUUAUCAGCGUUACUGCUGCUUUGACUUAAGGAAACUCCUCACUGAACGGCAGCAAAAGCACUGCAUAGCAUUUAACCCCAAAACCAUUGCUGGCAUCGCUUCAGCUGUGAUACUCUUUGUGGCCAUUGUUGCCACUAUUUUCUGCUGCUUCUUGUGCUCCUGCUGCUACCUGUACCAGCGACGGCAUCACAUCCAGACACCCUAUCAAGGUCAGGAGAUCCCACUGUCCAGCUACCCUGCCCAGCCUCCAGGCCCUUACCCUAUGGAUUCCAAAGCAGGGCCUGCAGGGCCAGCCCCAUUUCAUCCUGGCUAUACACCAGUUGUUUCCUAUCCUACAGUUCCAGCUGCACAGUAUCCUCUAUACCCACCUGGACCACCAUACUACAAUCCUACAGCUCCCCCACCCUACCUCCCAUCACAGCCUAGCACAUGAAGAGGGCCUUGCAGAGACUGUCCAAUGAAAGCCUUUCUCUCUGGGCCUACCAUCUCUGCAGAGUCUGUACUGGGUUUCCUGCUGCACUGGACCUUCAGCCCAAGUUUCAGUAUUUGCCAUUUCCUUACUAUUUAUCUUUUGGUCUGCAUGGUAGGAAGCGUUAUGACUCUACUUUUUUGCCUGUCUGCUCCCUAUUCCUGCCUGUGUCACUAAGGGAAGUUUCUGCUCCUCCUCACCUCCUGUCUGGGCUCAGGAAAGAGCCGGCGCAAAUGCUGAUGCACACAGAGACUGGUACACAUGCCAUACAUGUAACUUGACUGAUCCCUCUUUGUGCAGCUGAGUCUCUUUGAUGGAAAGUAGAAGGGUAGAAGUCUCAAGGUGGCAACAGAGAACAAAGUGAAACAGUCUGUCUCCCCAUGAGGACUUUAGUCCACUGUGUUCCCUGACAGACACAAGGAUCCAUCAAUCCGCAGUUCGUAGCCCCUGGGUGAGAUUGUUUCUUAUAAAAGUCCCGAGCUUUUGGAAAAGGUGGCUGGAAGGAUCCCUAAAUCCCCCAACAGCCCAAAGACACAUGUGGCUGUUAUACAUCAUUAAACUACAUAGAAUCAUAGAAUCACAGAAUAGUAGAGUUGGAAGGGUCCUAUAAGGCCAUCAAGUCCAACCUGACAGAUGUCUGUCCAGCUGCCUCUUGAAUGCCUCCAGUAUUGGACAGCCUGCCACCUCCCUAGGUAAUUGGUUCCAUUGUUGUACCACUGUAACAGUUGGGAAGUUUUCCCUGAUGUUCAGCCGAAAUCUAGCUUCCUAUAACUUGAGCCCAUUAUUCCGAGACCUGCUCUCUGGAAUGGUUGAGAAGAGAUCCCAGCCAUCUGUGUGAUCACCUUUCAAGUACCUGAAGAGUGCUAUCAUCUCUCCCCUCAGUUGUCAGUACCUGGAGAGAAGGCUGCAUAAGACCCCCAUUUAGACUACAUUGAGAGUUACCCAAAGGAAGCUGUUAGUGCAGUUAAUAAAUUGGAAGGAGUACAUGGGCCUUGAGCUAGGGUGGGGAACCUGGGGCCCUCCAUAUGUUGUUGGACUCCAACUCCCAUCAGCCCCAGCCAGCAUGACCAAAGGCAAGGGAUGGUGGGAGUUGUAGUCCAAGAAUACCUGGUGGGCCAUGGGUUAUCAUCCUUGGCCUAGAGCAAGAGCCUUGCAAGAGAUAGGAUGAGGGCUUGAAGGGGUCAGGAGAGACAGACAAGUAGUCAUAUGUGUUGCUCUGCACAGGCUGGAGAAAGUAAUGUAUCUUUACUUUGCUGCCCUGGGCUCCUGUUGGGAGGAAGGGGGGGAUAUAAAUCAAAUAAUAAAUAAAUCUUUUGUAGGAUUUGAGGGCAAGGCUACCUUCUACACCAUCUAUAAGCCUGGAAAAAACAGGUGACAAAGGUAGCUGUUGUAUUCUGGUCAUCAUUUAGAUUUUCCAUGAGUCUGUGACCAUUCUUCCCACAAUACUAAAAAAAGCAUCUUUGAAUCUUCCGAUAUCUGCAGUGGAUGUAUAUUGUUAAUGAGGGAUAGAAUGCGGAAGGCUAUUUGUAAAAUAGUGUGCUCUAGCCAAUGUCAAUAUUACAUUCAUGUUGCAGACCAAAGUUAGCAAAAACUGAGUUGAACCUCAUGUGUGAAAUGCCUGUUGUGGUUUCAAAUAUAAGCUACACUGAAAUGGCAGCACAUGUUCUUUUGAGGGAUAUGGAAAUUAAAAAUAAUAAUUGGAGUCUGUGAAGCAGGUGAAGGUGUGAUGUGGGAAGAUCUGGUAACCCUGUUGCUCAUUUGCCCCUUGUUAAUUCACAUUAAAAGCACUUAAAUUGCCCAUGCCUCAUCAGUGACUUGAGGCAAAGUGAAAAAAGAACCAAACCAGAAAUUGUAACUUGGGAGAAAAAAAAUCAGGUUGGUUUAAAACUCACUAAAUAGCAAGCUCAGUAUUAAAAUGAGGGUGUUUUUGCCAUACCCGACGAGAUGAAAUUUGACAUUUCAAGGAAACAUUGAUUCACACACACACUCCACACAUAUGUAAUGUGAAAGAGAAAGUGGAAGAGUGCCAUGUGUAAUAGCUUCUUUUCAGGCUCAUGUGAAAAUGCCCGACCCCACUGUGAGAGCCUCCCAUGUAUGUAAACUUAUGAUUUCAUAAUAUUACUUGCCCAGUGUGCCUUCUUUUUACUAAGGAGAAAUAGCUAAACUGGGCCCUUGUGCAUUGUCCCUUACCUGAACCCUUCCUUCCUCAGCUUUGUCUGUGUCCAUUGUGUAUAGGGGGAGGGGAGGGGAGCUGCUUUCCAUGUGGUUCCCCCUUUCUUUGCAAUGUAGCCAUAUUCCCCAUCUUCUCUAGAAGUUCUUUGUGCUUCCUGCGCCUUUGCUUGCACUCUCAUCUUGGCCAGCCAGCCCACCAAUCUGCUACUGCUGGCUUAAACUAGCCCUUCCUCUCAUACAAAAGCAACUUCCCUCUGAAGAUGAGGAUACAAGGUACAGGGCACUGUACUGCACCCGCUCCAGAGAUGCUAGCCUUUCCAGCAGGUAACAUUGCAAGCCGAGUCUUACGUUUUAAUCUCCUGGAGUGGUACGACAUCACAGGGAACAAGGCAGUGUGUGGAACAAAGGCAUGAUGUACCAGCCUGGGCACAAAGGUAGUCCUUAUGCAAAAAAAGAAAAGGGUUGCAUUUAUGCAAUCCCAAGCUGAUGUCCCAUCAGUAAGGCAGUUCCCCAUAAGCUCAUAGCUCUUAGCAACGGGUGAGGUCAAUGGGCCCAUUGUGGAGAGCAACAGUGCCACAUGCAUGUGACCUUUACUGUGGGCCCUUCCCCUAAGCAGAGCACAACCUGACUUGACUUGUUGACAGCCCAGUUCCACAGCACAGCAAGAACCUUAUCUUGUCUGGGAGCGCGUCUUUUCACUACUGUGGAAAACACCAGACUGAAAGCAGGAGAGAUUAAUUGCCUCAAACUACUGGCUUACGGGUGGGAAACCUCUGAGUUUUCCUUGAAAUAUGGAGCAGUAUAUAAAUAACCUGUGGCCCUCCAGCUGAUGCUGGACUCCAUCUGCCCUGGCCACCAUGGCCAAGAUUAUGGGAGUUGUGGUCCAGCAACAUCUGGAAGGCCACAGGUUCCCCACCCAUCCUAGCUUAAACCUCGUUCCCACUGGGUGUGGGGGGGGAAUGGCCCUUCUGUAUUCUGGGAGCAGUAGGCACCACCACUAACUUGCGUGAUAGGCAGAAUGAGAAGUGUUUGCAUCACCAAAUGUUGGCUAAAAUGUGGAUUAAAGUUGUAAAUAGUGACAAGGUAACUGCUCUAUAUGUGUGUGAUUGUGUUCUUCUGCCUCCUCUGUGUGAGGCAUACAGGAUGAUGUAUAGACCUGGGGAUAGUCCUGAGAAUAACAGCGCUUAAG